UAGUUCUCAUGCUCUUCAAUUCGCUCCAACAGCGCAAGAAGGGUGCAAUGCUGGCCACUAGCGUCGACGCGUGCGUGCUCUUCACUGUAUUCUGAGCUGCUCGCUGGCCGCACAUCGACCGACGACCGUAAGGCUGCGUCAGUCCAGUGCAAUCAAAAAGUCUCUACAGUACUCGUCCAACACGUCGCAACCACAUCUCUUUCUGCUUGUGCUUGAGCUCAAACGCUACAUGGAAACGCACAACUCAAUUCGCCGACACCACCAAGUCCCUCGCUUCGUCCACUCGUAUCUCCAAUGCCUCACUUAUCGUUUCUGUCCUGCCGUAAGGAGAACAAUGACCGUAACGGUGAUCGUGAAGUCCUGGGUGACCUUGGGGAGUCGUGUUGGCACCCGAAUAUGAUGGAGCCGUCUCGACGUCGACCUCAUCUGACGAGCUCGAUGCGGACGGUUCCAGCGGACAAACCGUCGCCGGCAGUGUCGCUGGAGGGCUUCGAGUCCGAUGGACAUGUGCCGUUGUCACGCAAAGUGUGCGUUUCGGACGCUGAAUUGAUCCACCGCGCUUGUACCGCUAGCCAGGAGAGUCGAAGGGGGAGACUGCUCCGCGUACCUUCGGUCAUGUGGGACUGUAAAGAGAUUUCGGGCUUCGCAUUGCUCUCCCGAAGGAUGGGAACUGGCGGUGAAGACUUUGAAGUGCUCACUACUGGAGAAGUGGCCUGCGAACCUUAUGAGCUUGAGCCAUUGCUGCGUCCGUUGACGGAAAGUGAAUACAACGCGGUUGCUCGUGAUUUCCUUGGAGACCAGUUCAUCUACGGCUCCAUCGUCCACGAGGUUCAACGGCGAGCCUUUGAUAAGACUGACGAUAGUGAAGAUAAAGGCAAAGAUAGCGAAGAUUUCACCUUGUACGCCGAGGAUCACGUGGCAGUACGCACGGCCUGCUUUGCCAGAUCACGUAGGUUCUCACGGAAUGAAGAGUGGUGCUAUCUCGAGCAUUUUCGGCCUCGUUCGGUAGCCCCCGCCACUUCUUUCACGACCACCGGCUCGUCAGAUUCUUCGACUUCGUCUGUAAAUAUUGACGAACCGACUGGUUUUUCUAUUGUCAUGACUUCUAUGCCUGAAAGCGAAUUGACCGCCGGGAAGAUGAAGAAAGAGCGCGUGACUCAACUACAUGGCAUCACUGCAACGUAUCUAGUCGAACCUCUGGCCCAAACUGUAGGCCAUCGAGGUCCUCGGGUUCGUGUUAGCUUCCACGCCACAUUUACUGCCACGAAAAACAUGCCGGAGGGAUACGCUGACUCUCAAACCGUGCGUUCACGACUGAUGUCCCUGGCCAGGAGCCUUCAUCAGCUUCCUGAUCUGGUGCAACAGCGACAACAACAAGCUAGCCAAUACAGCCUUCGAUGCAGCUAUAGCAACCCCUCCGGCCAAGAAUAUCGUGAUACUCAAGAGGCAAGUAACUCGCGAUGCGUGGCAUGCACUAAACGCCUUCGGAUGAAGCUGCUGGACACUCCUACGCGGAGGUCAAAGCGCUGUCAGAUUUGCAUGUACCGAGCGUGUGCCUCGUGUUGGUCGAAGGAGAGUGUAGAAACCUUUACUGGCCACUCGACGAGUAUGGUCGUCUGUCGUCGUUGCCACGAGAACUUCGGUAGUAGCGACUAUUCCCACAUUCAACUCACAUAAAUAGUAGCACUAGGAACUCGACAGCAGCAGUGUUUUGACAUUUUUGUUUUUACAUUUUUACAUUUCCAUGUAAAAACCGCUUUUUACAGCAUUUAAAACACUUUAACACAGA